AUGGCGCUGUUCACUGAGAGCCCGGGAGACCAUUUUGUCUCCCCCAGUGCACUGUCAAAUCAUACUGGCUCUCUUGUCGAUGAAUUCCCGUUGAAUCCUCGUUUCCAAGAGCUACAGACCACUCUCAGGUCGUACCUCUUUGACGAGGCUCGAGGCACCAACAACACCAAUGCACACACACCGGAACCACAAGCCCAAAGUCCUUCUGCGGUCGAAGGUCACCAACCGAUGGUCCAAACUUUGGCGGGUUCGAAUGACCGAAUCCCACUGCUCAAGAAAAUCAACUAUCUCAACAUCUGGAUCACCGAGUGUGCUCCCUGGCUUGACAUGUUCGACUCGGAGCGCCAUUUUGGCAUUCAGGUACCCAUCCUGGCACAACGUAGUCCUGCAGUCCUCUACGCUUUGCUUGCCCUCGCGGCGAGGCAGAGUGAGAGGUAUUCUGGCAUGGACAACUCGUCGGAAGAUUGUCUGGAACUGUACUCGCAAGCAAUCUCAUCGCUGGCCCCGUCUGUUGACGCCCGAAGCCCCGAAGUGCUCAUCACCGCCUGUAUCUUGUGCGUCCUCGAGAUGAUGAGCGUCAGUCCGAGGGACUGGCGAAGACACUCGGAAGGCUGUGCGGCGUUAUUCGAAUCUUCAGGCGUGAAUGGUUUCUCCGCUGGACUCCUACAGGCGGUCUUCUGGUGCUACGCGAGAAUGGACCUCUGUGCGGCCAUCAUCUCCAACGGCGCCGAGAGUACCACACUACCCAUCACCAAAUGGGCUCUGAUUGAGACUCCGUUGGGAUUCCCACAAGAGAGCCGCUCUCCGGAAGAGCUGAUAUGUGAAAAAUUUCUAGAGAAAGGCGCAGCGGUGCCUGACAUGCAUGCCAACUAUGCUGUGUAUCUCUGUGCGCAGGCUUGUGAUUUACUGGCCAGACGCACGAGGUAUCUAGAGCUCGGUGAAGACAACGGUUGUACGCACGACAACUUUCGGCAGAAUUGGAUCGUGCUGUGGGACCGCCUUGAGCGUUGGGUUCAGAAACGGCCACCCCAGAUGCUGCCCGCCGCAGAAAUCGACUCACGACAAAAUGACAACCAUUUUCCGAGCAUUCUGUUCGCCCAUUGGGCGGCAAUCUCGGGCAAUCAACUCUACCACACUGCCUGUGUGCUCAUGAUGGAGAUGGUCCCCCCAGAUAUCAACAUGGGCCAACUUACGGGUUCGCACACACCAUUGUGGCAUGCUCGCUGCAUCGUCGGCAUCUCCUUGACAAAUCCUCACCGCGGCUGUCUGAACAAUGCCAUCCAACCACUUUAUUUGGCGGGCAAGUUGUUUACGCACCACGACGAACACAAAGUCAUUAUAGAUCUACUGAACCAUAUCGAGGCGUGCUCUGGAUGGGGCAGUCGAUGGAGAAUCAAGAGCCUCGAGAGCUUUUGGGGCUACCGCACAGAACGACGUACCACGAGAGUGGCCAGAGACUAG